CCGCCCCGGUGCCGCCCUUCGCGGCUGUGUGUAGUUACGUGAGACGGGCUGAGGCGCCCGGCACGGCGCGGUCAUGGUUGCCCCGUUGUACGGCUCCCCCGGCGGCCGCCUCGCUCGGGCGCUCACGCGGGCGCUGGCGCUGGCCCUGGUGCUGGCCCUGCUGGUCGGGCUGUUUCUGAGCGGCCUGACGGGCGCGAUCCCAGCCCCGGAGGACUACCGGGGGCACGACGGGCAGGUCCUACCCACCUCCCGCAGCCGCUCGGUGCUCCUGGACGCAGAGACGGGCCAGCUCCGCCUGGUGGAUGGCCGCCACCCUGACGCCGUGGCCUGGGCCAACCUCACCAACGCCAUCCGCGAGACCGGGUGGGCCUUUCUGGAGCUGCACACCAACGGCCGCUACAGCGACAGCCUGCAGGCCUACGCCGCGGGCGUGGUGGAGGCCGCUGUGUCCGAGGAGCUCAUCUACAUGCACUGGAUGAACACGGUGGUAAAUUACUGUGGCCCCUUCGAGUAUGAAGUUGGUUACUGCGAGAGACUCAAGAACUUCCUAGAGGCCAACCUGGAGUGGAUGCAGGAUGAGAUGGCGUUGAACAAGGACACUGCUUACUGGCACCAGGUGCGGCUGACCCUCCUGCAGCUGAAAGGCCUAGAAGACAGCUAUGAAGGCAAUGUGGCCUUUCCAACUGGGAGGUUCACCAUCAAACCCCUGGGGUUCCUCCUGUUGCAGAUUGCUGGGGACCUUGAAGACUUAGAGCCAGCCCUGAAUAAGACCAAGACCAAGCAUGUCGUAGGCUCUGGCUCCUGCUCUGCCCUCAUCAAGCUGCUGCCUGGCCAAAGUGAUCUCCUGGUUGCCCACAACACCUGGAACUCCUACCAGUACAUGCUGCGCAUCAUCAAGAAGUACUGGUUCCAGUUCAGGGAAGGUCCCCAAGAGAACUCCCCCCCAGUUCCUGGCAACAAGUGGGUCUUCUCGUCCUACCCUGGCUCCCUUUUCUCUGGUGAUGACUUCUACAUCCUGAGCAGCGGGCUGGUGACAUUGGAAACCACCAUUGGCAACAAGAACGCGGCCCUGUGGAAGUAUGUGCAGCCCAAGGGCUGUGUGCUAGAGUGGGUGCGCAACAUCGUGGCCAACCGCUUGGCCUUGGACGGGGACACCUGGGCAGAUAUCUUCAAGAGGUUUAACAGUGGCACGUACAACAAUCAGUGGAUGAUCGUGGACUACAAGGCAUUCGUCCCUGGCAAGCCCAGCCCGGGGAGCAGGGUGCUCACCAUCCUGGAGCAGAUCCCGGGCAUGGUCGUGGUGGCUGAUAAGACCUCCGAACUCUACCAGAAGACCUACUGGGCCAGCUACAACAUACCGUCUUUUGAGACUGUGUUCAAUGCCAGUGGACUGCAGGGCCUGGUGGCCCAGUAUGGGGACUGGUUCUCCUACGACGGGAGCCCUCGGGCCCAGAUCUUCCGGAGGAACCAGUCGAUGGUGAAUGACAUCGAAUCCAUGAUCCGGCUUAUGAGGUACAAUGACUACCUGCAUGAUCCCCUGUCACUGUGCAAAGCCUGCAGCCCCCAGGCCAAUGCGGAGAAUGCCAUCUCAGCCCGUUCUGACCUCAACCCAGCCAACGGCUCCUACCCUUUCCAGGCUCUGAAGCAGCGCUCCCAUGGGGGCAUUGAUAUGAAGGUGACCAGCAUGGCGCUGGCCAAGGCCUUGCGGUUCCUGGCAUCCAGUGGCCCCACGUGGGACCAGGUGCCCCCGUUCCAGUGGAGUACCUCGCCCUUCAGGACCCUGCUGCACAUGGGCCAGCCUGACCUCUGGAAGUUCUUACCUAUUGAGGUCUGGUGGGACUGAGGCUCCGUGUCUGCUGUGCUGCCUCUGCCCCUGCCGACUCCCAGCAAGGCCACCCCACUCGUCACCGCCUGACCUCCGAACCACCCGCUCCUGGGCUUUGUUCCCUGCAGUGCCCAGAUCUGGAGCUUGGGUUGGCUGGGCUCAGCUCUCAUCUGGGUGGUCUCCUGGGUGGGGCUCAGACCCUGAUGGGGCCCAGGACAGAAGCAUUCUCUCCUUCUGAGAGAGUGCCAUCUCCAACUCCCUCUGCCUCUCUCUGUGUUACUCUCUGCUCUGCUUCUCUCCCCCUCCCACACUGGGGCCCCACCCUCAUGUGUCCCCUCCUCAGGGCUUGGGAGGGUCCUGGGAUCGGGUCCUGGGCCCUCAGUGGGGCAGGAGGGGCCGCUUUCAGUCCUCCCUCCCAACGAUGAGCUCUGGAGUUUAUGGAGUUUCACCCCCUGAGACCUGGACAUCGCCUCCCACUCCCCAGCCCCAACCCCUCUGCUCCCCCAGGAAGCACCCCCUUUAAUUCCCCUUCUUGGCAGCUUCCUUGAGGACAGAAACUUGAAAACAAACAAAAACCAAAGUCUCUGGCGCCUUGUGGCUGGAGGGGCCUGAGUGUCCUCUCCAGGGAUAAGCAGGAGUGUCAGCCCCCGAGCUCUGGCCUCACGUCCCUGCCCCCCAGCUUGGGACCGCCCCAGGCCUCAGGGCAGUGCCGCAGCGCCCCUGCUGUAGGAGCCAAAUCUCAGGCUGUGCCGCCAUUAAACGAGAAAGGCCAUG